UCACCAUGGCCAAGUUCGUGCUUGCGGGUAGAGCAGAUGACCCAUAUUAUGCUAAAGCUGAAAUCCUGGCAGACUAUUUACAAAAGAAUCUUCCUGAUUUUCAUGUAUUUAAAAUUACCCAACAUCCUGAUGUUUGGGAGGAGUGGCUGAGAGAUGUGUGUGAAAAGAAUAAAUGGAGCCACAAAAGUUCCCCCAUCAUCUGGAGGGAGCUGCUGGAUCGCGGAGGCAAGGGCUUGCUUCUGGGAGGGUAUAAUGAGUUCCUGGAGCAUGCCCAGCUUUACUACGACGUCACCUCUAGCAUGACAACUGAGCUGAUGAAGGCAAUUGCUCAGGAGAACUUGGAGGCUCAUAUACAAAAGGAGCUGGAGAAAGACUCCCUGAAAGACCUCACUGACCCCUUGCAGGUCUGGAUCACCAGUGCGUCUACCCCUGCCUGCUACAGCCUCAUCCCCAUCCUGACCAGCGGGGAGGUGUUCGGAAUGCACACGGAAAUCAGCAUAGCUCUGUUUGACAACAAACAGGCGGAAAAAACCCUCCAGAACCUCGCCCUGGAAGUGCAGGACCUGGUGUCGCCGGUGCUGCGCAGCAUCUCCAUCUGCACCAGAGUGGAGGAUGCCUUCCGCCAGGCCCAUGUGAUCAUCAUCCUGGACGACCCCACGACCAAGGAGGUGUACACGAUGGAGGAAUGCCUCCGGAGCAGGGUGCCUCUGUGCAGGCUCUAUGGCUACCUGAUCGAGAAGAAUGCUCGCGACUCGGUCCGAGUCAUCGUGGGAGGAAAAACCUUUGUCAACCUGAAAACGUUGUUGCUCAUGAGAUACGCCCCGAGCAUCGUGCACAAUAUUGUCGCCGUGGCACUGGGGGUGGAAGGGCAGGCCAGAGCAACGCUGGCCAGGAAGAUGAAAACAUCCCCCUCAUACAUCAAAGAUGUGAUAAUUUGGGGUAAUAUUAGUGGAAAUUGCUACGUUGAUCUGAGAAAAGCCAAGAUUUACAAAUAUGAGAGUGCUAUUUGGGGACCUCCUCACUUUUCUCGCCCUGUGUUAAGCUUGGUUUUUGAUAGUGAGUGGAUAAACAGAGAAUUUGUGACAACUCUUAAAGAUUUGACUGCCACAGGAAAACAAUUUGGAGGCAUGUUAGCUGCACACAGUAUAGCCACUACGUUGAAAUACUGGUACCAUGGCUCACCGUAUGGGGAAAUCGUGUCCCUAGGAGUAUUGAGUGAAGGUAAGCCUGGGUCUUUCAUAUCUUGUAAUAUUGAAAAACCUCCAUGUAUACCUCGCUCGAUCGUCUUUUCUAUGCCUGUGAAAUUUGAGAAUGGAACUUGGGUGGUUCUCACAGAUCUCAAAGAUAUCGAAAUAAGUGAACAAACAAUGGCCAGAAUGACAAGUGAUCUGAUGCAGGAGAAACUUGUUGCACUUGGAGAUUUGUUAUAUUUUCACCCAUAUCAACCAGGUAAUCUUUCAGAUGUGAUGUUCUAUUGGGACAAUAAAAGAGUGUUAAAAUAUUUGUUAAAACUGAAUCACUAUUUAAUAUAGAUAAAUAAAAUCCUUAUAUUAUCACCUUUGAACUCAAUUAUUGACAAAAUAAACUGCCAUGUUUACUAUGUCCUUUGAAAUAAAACAUCUCAUAAGAAUGCUAAAGAAAUCACAACUUAAAAACACUAUGACCAUAUAACUUUUGUAUAUACCCCAUGUAUUAGUUUCCUCAGGCUGCCAUAGCAAAUUACAAUAAAUUAUUGGCUUAAAACAACAACUUUAUUCUCUCAAUGUAUGGUUGUGUGAUUCGCA